AUGUGGUCAUAUUAUCACCAGUACUCUCACUAUAAACUAACUGAAAAAUCUGUUGGGAGCUUAGAAGCAAACAUUGGAGCCUUCACAGAUCCUCAACACAACCUUUACAUCGCUGAUGCUUCACCAUCAACAGAAGAAGUUCAGAAGCCCGGAAACCUGCAACCUGGAGGGGUGAUAGUUCAGAUUAGAAGCACGGGUAUUUGCGGGUCUGAUGUCUACUUCUGGCAUGCGGGACGCGUUGUCUACAACGUACGCGAACAUGUGCUCUUCCUGUCAACUCCACCUGUUUCCGGCCUCCUCCGUCGCUACGUCACACAUCUCGCAAGAUGGUGUCGCAAGCUUCCCCCAAGCAUGUCUUGCGAGGAUGGCGCUCUCCUGGAGUCUCUGUCCGUCGCACUCGCCGCAAUCGAUCGCUCAAAGCUCAGACUGGGCGAUUCGGCAGUAAUCUGUGGCGCAGGACCCAUUGGCCUGAUCACCCUUCUUUGCGCAAAGGCAGCUGGCGCCGAGCCAAUCCUCAUCACAGAUAUCGAUCGGAGCCACCUGAACUUUGCGCAGACACUCGUCGCAGACUCGCCAGGUGUUCUACGCAUAUACCCUGUGCAGCGCGGGAAAUCCGAAGAAGAAUUGGCGGUGGGAAUGAAGGAGGCAUUGGGGAUGGAGCCCGAUGUUGUUCUAGAAUGCACAGGUGUCGAGAGCUCCAUUGGUGCAAGCAUUCACGCUGUCCGCUCUGGUGGAACCGUGUUCGUUGUUGGCGUCGGGAAGGACCAGAUGAAAUUCCCGUUCAUGAGGCUGAGCACCCGAGAGGUCGAUCUGAAGUUCCAAUACCGGUACUGCAACACGUGGCCCAGGGCAAUCAGACUCCUGGACAGCGGAAUCCUGUCGAACAUCCGCAAGCUGGUCACACACAGGUUUGCCAUUGAGGACGCGGUAGAGGCCUUCAAGACGAGUGCAGAUAUAAAGAGUGGAGCUAUCAAAGUGCAGAUUACAAACAAAGAUUAG